AUGUCCACCCCCGCCCCCACGAGCCGGAGCUCCAACCCCAAGCCCCACCCCGACUGGCGCAAAGGCGACUUUACGAUCCUGUCCUCCGACGGCGUCAAGUUCCAGGUCGACAAGCUGCAUGUCUUUGCAGCGAGCCCCGUGUUCCGCGGGGGGCAGGACUUCGCCCCCGGCGAGCAGCAGCUGUUCGUCGACUUCAGCGACGCGGACAUCGAGCACUCCGGCACCGUCGCCGCGUUCCUCGAGCUCGUGGUCCACGGGAGGCUGCGCCGCGACUGGGCCGCGAUGCCCCCGACCGCGCCUUGCCUCGCCGCCACGCACCUCGUCGACUUUCUCCGCAAGUAUGAGUGCGACGCGGCGCUGCGCACCCUCCGCGCCGUGUUCGCCGGCGAGCUCCUGCAUGCCGUCCCCACGAUCCCCGUGAACAGCAACUACUCGCUCGAGACCUUUGCGCUGGCCGUGCACCUCGACGACCCCGAGCUCGCUGCCAAGGCAGUGCAGGCGCACGUUACGUUCGUCACCGCCCAGCGCGCCACGAAGCACCUCGACGGCAACAACCCCCACCGAGGCGACACCAUCGAUCCCCUUCACAGUCUCAACGUCGUUGGACCUGCCCCGCCCCAACCGGUACCGGUAACCCCGCUGCGUUUCUCCCCGCGACCCACCUGGGUCAACAGCUCAGUCGCACUUCCCCUCCCGUUCGGCUAUAUGAGCCCCUUCCCCCGAUGUCACUCCGCCGCGCGUGAGCAGCCCAAGCGUCCGAAGCGGGCCGGCGUGUCCGUCUCGCCAAAGGACAUCCCUCUCAACAUGAUGCCGUUCAUCGAGGGGGUGUACUUCUGGGCACUGAGCGCCUCGUGUGAUGAGUCUGGACGCCGCUGGACCACCCCUACCGCCCCUGGUGCGGGGGCCAUCAAGGGCACCGCCCCGGGUGAAGAGGCCAUCGAGCUCACCAGCGCCGAUGGGAUCGUCUUCAAGGUCCCCCCCUCGGCCAUCACGCGCGCGUUCCCGGCCGGCACGGCCAACGCCACCGCGCAGACGCUUCACGCCGCGCUCGACCUGCUCACGUGGGGCCAGCUGCAGGCCGAGUGGAUUUCGUUUACGUUGCCCGAGCGCUGCCGCCGCAUCGUGGCCCUGGUGUGCUUCCUCCAGGAGUGUGGGUGCGACGGCGCGAUCGACACGCUCAAGGCCAAGCACGGCACCGACGCCGAGAACGCGCACCCGCGCAUGCAGGCCACGUUCCCGCUGCAGGCGUUCGUGCUCGGCGCCGCUGCGGGCGAUGCUGGGUUCUGCGAGCGCGUCAUCCGCGGUAACGACGACGCGUUCACCGUCACCGACUCGCUCGACCUCACCCGCGACACGGCGCGCACGGCCGCGAGCCUCCUCUCGUCGUACUACUGGAAGUGUCUCGCCCGCUCGCACGCCGUCGCGAACGGCAGCAAGGCCAAGUGGGCCACGGCGUUCCGUAACCUCGUCGAGGAGGGACCCGAGGACGACGACUCUGUGGAUGAGGGUGGUUCCGUCCUCAGCCUGGCCGCCGUGGCCUUCUUGGGCAUGGGUGGGGGCAAGAUCAUCCAGUGGGCCAAGGAGGUGUCGGUGCUGCGUGCCAAUGCGUGGAUCGCGCUGAAUUGA